AUGAAGGCACUGCUAACUAUCUGCGUGAUUGGCUUGGUCCUGUCGGUGGCCAACGCCAUCCUGCUUAAGGGUCUCGCACUGGGUGCCCUCGGGCUUGGUGCUGGUGCUCUGCUUGGUGCCGCUCUGGCCCGUGGUGGUGGAGGCGGAGGCUACGGCCACUACGGCCACUACGGAGCACCCUACCCAAUGGCAUGGCACGGCGGUUAUGGAGGUGGAUACGGAGGACACUACAGUGGAUCUUACCACGGCUCAUACCACGGAAGCUACGGUGGCUACGGGGCUGGCUUUGGUCCUGGCUUUGGUCCUGGCUUUGGUUAUGGCUACUAA